AUGGCACCUACCGCAUCCGUCAGUCGACGCAAGUCCAAUGGAGGCAAGGGCGGCCUCGUUAUCACCCUGACUGUCGACGCCGAUAAAUUGAAGCGGACCCUUGAUCCCGAUUAUGUAAAGGAAGACUCCCCCGUCAAGAUGGAUGUUGAGGAGACGAAUGGAAACAAGGAGACUCAAGAAGCGCAAGAUUCUCCCGCCACAUCGGCCACCUUGGCAGCUCCUGCCAUCGCAAAUGGCGAGACGGCGUCCGACUCAAAUCCCGGCACGCCCGCUGGCGAUGGAACUCCAGCACCUACAUCCAUGGGUCCUCCUACCGAGGGAGUCAAGAAGAAGGGUACCAAGCGUGGUGCUGGUGCUGCCAAUGGUCUCGGCCCUGAUGGACAGCCCAAGGUCCGCGGCAAGCCUGGCCCCAAGAAGAAGGCGAGACUUGAGGAUGGAACCAUCGAUCCGAAUGCCCGUGGUGGCGCUGCUGGACAUAAGCUGGGUCCCAAGGCCAACCAAGGUGCCAUCAACGCCGGCCUUCGAGCUCUCGACCGAAGCGGCAAACCCUGCCGCAAAUGGGCGAGGGGUGGUUUCGUCCUCAAGAGCUUCACAGGUAUCGUCUGGGAGGUUCCUCGAUGGACCGCGCCGCCCAAGUUCGUGCCCGAGCCCACCACUGAGGACUCUGCCGCCGCCUCAGCCGACAGCAGCACCAAGGAGAACAAGGAGAAUGAUCAGAUUAAAAGCGACGCCAAUAGUGCCGUCAACAGCGGCGCCGACGUCGAGAUGCGGAGCGCGCCCGGCAGCGUUCCUGCUAGCUCUCCGGCCCCAAUGGCCAUCUCUGCCGCGUAG